ACCAAGGUAACGAAACGGAAUGGAGUGAGUCGGAAUUGAACCAUUCUUUUCUUUUGACUUUUUUGACUCUUCUUAGAUUCCUCAUAUUGACUUUGUUCGGACGAUAGAUCACCAUAUUUUAACAUAGUUUUUAGAUUUUAUCGUGUGUAAUUACAAUAACUACUGCGAAAAGUCCAUCAUAUAAAUUACAAAAUUCCAGGUGAGAGCCGCUGAGAGCUUUAAAAGCUCCGCUUUUCAUCGCGAAUUUGGACUUCACUAUUUCUCCCGCCACCGAACUGCUGGGAGCGCUCGGACGAAUCAGCGAGCUGAAAACUUUUUGGCGCAAACAUCCGCGCUGUUGCGAAUGUGUCGCGACAAGUGACAACCGAUUCUUGUUCGUCUUACGUAGGGAAAAAAAUCCAAUUUGCCCGUUCAGAUGGAGCCUCAAGAGGAAAUCAGGUUUGAACUCAUCAUUCAGACAAUCAAACGAACAAUACUGUGAUCGUCAACCCCUGCCUAAUGGAGCUGAUGAUUUAUUCCUCUUGAAUAGAAAUGACAAUCAAAUACUUGUAAACCAAGGAGUUCCACAGAACGAGCAUGGUGCAGGGACAAAUUUUAUGAACAUAAAUGCAGACCGAAUUCAACUAGUGGAAGAGGAGGCACAUUGUUAUGUCCCAACUGAUCAAAAUAAUCUUUCAAUUCAGAUGGAAGAUGAAUCACCAGCUGUUAAGGCCAAAAAAAUGAAGUUUGAGGAGCAAAGUAACCCGAAUAUUAUGGACAUUGACACUUUAUCAGAGAGAGUUCCUUUAAAUAAGGAUCUGGAUGAAAUUUUUAAGAUAAAGGUGGAUGAACUAAAAGUACUGGAAAGCAGAUACUCUGAAUGGAUAGACAAGAAUUGGAUCCCAUCUAAAGAUGAAGCUGUGCAAAUGUUGACUGAUUCUAUAAUAUUGAAGCAACGGUUACAAGAAAUAAGCAAGUGCUACGGAAUGACAGAAGAAAUGAGAAACAUUCUGGAAAUAGUCAAGAUAUUGAUCAUGAACAUUAAGGAGUCAAUUAGUGAAUGCGAUGCCUGCUCUAUGGAGCUUAUGGACUAUGAAACUUGCCUUCCACAGAAAUGGUCAUUGGAAAAAAUGAGUGCUGAAUCUAUUGAAGGAAGAAAAUCAGAUCAUGAGGUAGACUGGACAUUGAAAUCUGAAGCCGAAAAAAUUUCAUCUGGCGAAAGGCCAUCUGACCUCGACGAAGAAGAUUCCACAAUGAAUGCAGCUGCAGUGAAUCAGAGCCAAGAGGACGAGCAGCAAUGUACGGACGCUCCAGAUAAUGUUCCUCAAGAGUUGGACCCUGCGAUCAGAGCUCAGAAAGUUAGAGCAAUUAGAGCCUUGCUACUUCCUCAAAUCCUUUACAUGCUGGACAAUUAUGAUGAGUGGUCUAAGAAGCAUCAUGAUCAAAUCAUGUGCGAGUUUUUAGAUACAAAACAAAAGGAAUUUCGACAGUAGAGAAAUCUUGUUGAUGACAAUAGAAGUGAUUUACGAACAAUAAAAUUCUCUGUCAACAGCCCUACAACAAAAUAUCAUCAAGUAUAACAAAAGAACGAAAAAAUCGAGUUAAAGGAAGGUCCUAGUAUGAGUGAGCUACCAUACGCACUUUUAGCAAGAUCAUUACAUACAUGAUGAUAAAAGCAUUUGGUUUUUAAGACUCAGUAAAUUUUAUGUAAAUGUGUAAUGGGCUCAUUUUGUAAGCAUUUCUCAUAUUUUUAUGAGUUUUUUGUACAUUCAUUUUCAAUGGAAGGACACUACAUUUAACUUCGAAGUUCAAUGUUGAUGUUUCAAUAAAAGAGACAUAAAUGUGUAGAGAGCGUUUUCAGAGAUAUAGAAGGAGAGAAAGAUUUAAAAAAUAAAAAGAUAAUAUUAGGAAUCGAAAUAUAUAUGUAAAUUUUUAAAGAUCACAAAUAAAUAUGAUAUAAUACUUAUCUGGUUAUUUAUGCUUAAUUUAUCUCUGAGAAGGUCAUAUGACAUAGUUAUUUGAUAGCAAAAAAUAAAUUAACACACAGAGAAUAUUUUAGGGUGGACAUAAAUAAGUACUUAAUUAAGCAUCUAAUUAGGAAUAAAGUGAACUUUUGAAGAAAUUGCACAUGCGUUAGAAAAUAAUUGGAAGUGAUUAAUGACUGAAUUAUAAAAAUAUCUAUUUCUUUCA